AUGCCCGACUCGUCCACACCAGACCUCCCGGUCCUCUCUAGGAAAGGGAAGGAGCGUCAGGCUCCGCAGCCCACGGAUAUUGCUGAGAAACUCGUCGCUCUGCGCAGGAGGCAGGCCGGCCUGAUCAAACCAAAGGAACGGACCGACCGUCCCCCUGCACCCUCAACCUCGACAGCGAGGUCCCCAGGACGCCCAUCCUCGCCACGGCGCACGCACGCGUCAUCCACCAUGAACCCUAGCAUCGUCGUCUCCCAGCCCACUCUCCAGCACAGCGGCGCGCCCGACGAACAGGAAUUUUCCCGGAAGCUCAAGAUCGCGCCUACUUCUCCGCGGCACGGUCAUGCGCGCGGCGAACACAGCAGCCCGCGUGGCAGCGGCAAACUGUACAACCCCCAUGCCGAUCCGCCACGGCGGCAAAUCGUGACGGCCGAGCCAGAUGCGAUGUCGGAAGCAGCGUCCAGCUCGUACGCGCCUCGGCAGCCCCCUCAGCCGUCGCGGUCCCAUCAUCGCGCGCAACCCAGCCGAGCCGGCGGCGAGCCUCCGCGGCUUUUCGACCCAAGAAAAGACGACCCGCAUCACUUUGGCGUUAUGGCCCGCCCACAACCCAAUGGCGGCACCGCUCCGACACCCAACGGUCGCCCUGCACCCACACCAAAGUCCUCCGGGGACUGGGUGUCUGCCUCUUCUACUUCCUCAUAUGCUCAUUCAACAAUUUCCUCUAAUUUCACGCUCAACACCACAACAACAGAGUCCUCGGCGAGCUCGGCGCUGUUCGAUAACGGGCAACGCUCGGAAGACAGCGCAGCAUCGUCCAACGUGCUCUCGUCCCAGCUGAAAAAUUUGUACCGGCAAAUUGUGACGCUCGAAGCAAAGCUUCAGUCGGAUCGUGACGUGGACAUGCUGGACGACGCUUACGAGGAUUCGCACCGGAUAGGCCUGCUGCAGAAGGGCCAGCCUGCGAACACCAGGACGAAGCAGGAAGAGGAGGCGGAGCAGGAGCGCUACCACAGGACUGUCCAGGACCACAAGGAGCUUGCCAACGUCGUCCAUCAGCUCCUUUGCGUGACACUCUCGCCCAAUGUCCCGGUCUCGCUCCGCAACAUUCCUAUCAAAUACAACCUGGUCACGCGCCUCUGGUUGCACGCGUUCCAUCGCCUGCUCGAGUCGCUUCGGCGAGCGGCGAUUUCGUCCGCCCACCCGGACAUUGCGCUCGAACACCUGGUGGAAUUUAUUUACUACGCGUACUCGUUCUACGCAGGCCUCAUGGACGAGCAGCACCUGGCCCAGUUCCGCAGCAAUUGGGUCGAGUGCCUGGGAGACAUCGCCCGCUAUCGCAUCGCCGUCACCGCGUUGCUCGACAACCAGGCUGCGCCCAAGACCCUGCCGGCGAAUGCCAUAACCCAAGCUGCGCUUUCAGGCAACCAUCUUUCCACUAGCCCGAACACCCCGGAAGCAUCAGCGCUCUCGAACAAAAACUUCGUCUCUGCCCGUGGCUCUCCUGCUCCUGUGGCGCGCAUCGACGACUCGCCCCCACCAUCUGUCGGCGAAUUUGCACAGGCGCCGAGCGUCGGGAUCGUAGCCGCGCGCAUGAUGGAGCUCGAACCUGAGAAGGAGCGCUGGCGGCAGAUAUCGAGAGAGUGGUAUGCCAAGGGUCUGGCGUUCCAGCCAGGGUCCGGCAAGCUGCACCACCACCUCGGUGCCCUCAGCCGGGACCGUGAGGCAGGUGAGAAGGAAGAGCUGCGUGCGGUCUACCAUUUCGUAAAGAGCAUGAUCACGCUCCAUCCGUUCUCGACCUCGCGGGAAGCGGUGCUUCCCCUGUGGUCGCAGGCCGCUCAAUCGCGCCGUCAAGCGCCCGACGCGAGCCUCACCGACCUCUUCGUGCUCCUCCACGGCAUGAUCUUCACCAACAUCCAGCUCGACGACUUCAAGCGUGUUCUGGCGCGGUUUGAGGAAAAGAUCCAGAUUGAAGGUGACGAGGUCGAGGAGCGCGAAUGGAUCAUGAUGGCCGUAGUCAACAUCGGUGGGAUGCUCGAGUACGGUCGCUCGACCGCGUUCUUGCGUCGCGUGUCUGGCAUCAUGGGCCGCGACACAAUCCCAGGUUCGAGCGCAAGCCCCAUCCUGAACGGCAGAGUCAAGGUCGCCAGGAGGCCGGAGAACGAGGAGAGGCGAAUGGAGAUUGACGACGAGGACGACUCGACCGGAGUUAAUGGCCUGCGCGCCAUGGCGAUCAGCCAAGAUUCGCCCAUCUUGUCUGAGGCAGAUGCCGCGCCCUCUGAGCCUGAGCUGCCAAUGGGCUUGAAAUAUGCCCUGCAGCUGACCCUUACCAUGCUCACCCACGUUCUUCAGAAGCCUAACCUCCCUCGCACCUCCGCAGUCGCACACCCGAUGCUCAACCCAUACAUCACGAUUAUCCUCACCUUCUUAGCUACGACCCUCAAGGACAAGAGCGCCGAGCAAGCGCUGACGCGCGUCAUCCCCUGGGAGCCGCUCGCCGCCUUCCUCUCCUCGGAGAUGCCCCGCAAGGUGAUGCACAGCGAGUGGUCGAAAGAGGCCGUCCUGCUCUCGAGCGGCACGUACCCGCUCCCGGAGGAUUGGUGCAUGCGCGGCCUCGGCUGGGGCGGCAAGAAGGUGUACGAGCGCGGCUUCUGGGACAAGGCGACGCGCGGCGAGGAGAAGUCGCUCGAGAGCGAGGUCCUCGAAAAGGUCACGCAGGCCGCGGACGCGCAGGAUGGCGUCAUCGAGGAUGACGCCGAGGACGACGAACAGGCGAAGCUCCGCGCGGAGGCCCGGCGCACGGAGGUCUUGGCCCGCUGGAUUCGCGUCGCGCGCGCGGCCGUCAAGAUGGCGAAGGUCGUCCCCGGCCUCACGUACCGCCCGCCAGUCACGCAGAGCGGGCGCGGCGAGUGGAGCGUCGAGGGCCGGCUCGCAGACCGCGUCGCCCGCUGGCGAGAGGAAGCGCGGCUCGAGAAGCUCGAGGAGGAGCGCCGGCUGAAGGGCACGCGUUGGGACGACGACGGCGACGAGAUGGAGGUCGACGAAGACGACCGUAUGGACGGCGUCGAGUUCGAGAGCGACGAGGAGGAGGUCUCGGAGGAGGUCAAGGCCCUGAAGGAGCGCCUCCAAUACCUGACCUCGUUCGUGCAGAAGGAGCGCUCGGAGGCCAAGUCCAGACACCGUGGACGUGGUCGCGAGGCAGCGCGCGUCCAAAUGGCUCCUGGGCACACCACGCUCGUCUUUGACACGAACGUACUGCUCUCGUCUCUACCGAUGUUCAACGCCCUUGUCGAGACCCUCAAAUGGACUGUCGUCGUUCCCCUCCCAGUCAUCAUGGAACUGGACGGGCUCAGCUCCAGCUCUACGCCCCUCGGUGACGCCGCCAAGGCGGCCUCGGCGUCCAUCACCUCACACCUGCGCAGCCAUGCAACCUCGCUCAAGAUCCAGACCUCCAAGGGCAAUUACCUGUCGAAUCUCAACGUCCGCACGGAGAACGUCGACUUUGACUGGAACGAGGCCUCCUGGGACCGUAACAUGGACGAUCUCAUCUUGCGCGCCGCCAUCUGGCAGACCGAACACUGGGUCGACCGGUCCAAGUUUUUGAAGGCGGCGGAGCAGAACACUACCGGAGCAAGCAAGGUCGCGCUGCUGACCUUUGAUCGCAUGCUGCGACUGAAAGCUCGUUCCCGCGAGGUGGAUGUUCCCAACGAACAGGAUCUCGCUGCACUGCUUUCCGGAAAGCCAUAAAAGCCUGCAUCCGGGGUUUGGACAUUCACUGUUGCAACGAACGCUACUGCCGACCUCGUGAGGUAACUCGCCCUGGGGGCGUCCUACCGAGAUACCGUACCCGGUAUCGGUGUUUCGAGAGGCCCUACUCGACAGGGAGUAUCGGGCAGGACAAGCCGAGGGGUAUAUCUGCAACAAUCGUCUGGCCGUCGAGGUUCGAUGCGAACGCUCUUUGACUGGAACACUCAUUCUCUCUCCCCAUCUACCCAUCAAUCUCCAUUGUCGCGCAUAUUGGCUCAUCUGGGUUUAGUGUAACGUUAUUACGGUCUGCUCUCUCGUUCUGUGUCUCUGAUACCCUGCGCCUUUGGUGCAUUUCUUCUUGUGCAAUGUACACUACCGCUGUUCGCAUGCAAAAGG